AUGGCGACCGACACCCCAAUGACAGCGACUUGCCACUGCAAAACCGUCGCUGUCACCGUCCCUAAGAAGCCCGAGCUGAUCAACGAAUGCCAAUGCACUGUCUGCCGCUCCUACCGCGCAGGAUGGGCCUACUACACUGUUGAAGGCGUCUCGAUUCCCAAACUCAAGGACCUCAAGAAGUAUUCGAGGAAGGAUGUGGGGAAGCCUAACAACGUCUUCUGUUUCUGUCCGGAGUGUUACUGUCUGGUAUGCUGGUGGCCGGCUGAUGCGUCAGAUCCAAAGGGCGAGGUGGGCAUCAAUACGACGUUCUGGGACCCUAAGGACUUGGAGUAUGUGGAGAGGAGGAUUAGUUGGGAGGAUCUGCAGGAUACUAGUAGGACUGGGUAG